CAUGUUGGGCGCGAGUGAUUCUGGGCAAUUGUCGCCCACCUAUCUGUCCUCCACUCGCACAAGUGGGCUCCUCCAUUAACCUCAAUUGAGACCAACCCAAAGGUUGGAAUGAAAUGAGGGGAGAAUAAAAGGUAAAUUCUGAGACUUAAAAGUAUUUCACCAAUCAAAACAAAUUUUGUUGACUGAAGAAGCUUGACUUGGGUUUAGGUAUUUCAGUAUCAUCGGUUCGGCACCACAAACACAACCGCUGCCAUUUUUUCAGUCGUGAUCUGAACCACUACAGUGCCAUAACAAUGGAUACCGCCAUGACAGCCCACGAAGCCUCCUCUUCAUCCUCCUUCAGGUCAAAACUUUGGAAUUACGACUUGUUCUUGAGCUUCAGAGGUGAAGACACGCGCAAGGGCUUCACAGGCCACCUCCACGCGGCAUUAAAAGAGGGAUACCAGGCUUAUAUGGAUGAGGACGAUCUAAAAAGAGGGGAAGAAAUAAAAGAGGAACUGUUCCAGGCAAUCGAAGGGUCGAGAAUCUCCAUCAUUGUCUUCUCAAAGAGGUAUGCGGAUUCGAGUUGGUGUCUUGACGAGCUGGUGAAGAUCAUGGAGUGCAGAUCCAAACUGGGGCGACAUGUUUUGCCAAUAUUCUAUCAUGUUGAUCCUUCACAUGUCAGGAAGCAGGACGGAGAUUUGGCCGAAGCAUUUCUGAAGCACGAAAAGGGCAUCGGUGAAGAAACAGAUGGCAAGAAACGUGAAGCUAAACAAGAAAGGGUAAAGCAGUGGAGAAAGGCUCUUACAGAAGCUGCAAAUUUGUCUGGCCACCAUCUUCAUAUCACUGAUAAUGGGUGCGAAGCAAAUCUUAUUAGAGAAAUUGUUGACAAUAUUAUUACAAAAUGGCUUAUGAGCACAAACAAACUACAAGUGGCCAAGCACCCGGUUGGUAUCAAUUCUCGUAUUCAAGAUAUUGUCAAUCAUCUUUCAAGUGGCGAAUCAAAUGUUGUCAUGGUUGGAAUUUGGGGGAUGGGUGGAUUGGGUAAAACAACAGCUGCCAAAGCCAUUUAUAAUCAAAUUCAUCAUAAGUUCCAAUUCAAAAGUUUCCUGCCCGAUGUUAGCAACACUGCAAGUAAACAUGGUCUAGUUUAUUUGCAAAAAAAACUUAUUUCUGACAUCUUAAAAACGAAGUCUGAAAUAAGCAGUGUUGAUGAAGGUAUCAGUCUGAUAGAAGAUCAAUUUCGACAUAGAAGGGUACUUGUCAUCAUGGACAACAUAGAUGAAGUGGGCCAAUUGGAUGCAAUAGUUGGAAAUCAUGAUUGGUUUGGUCCAGGAAGUAGAAUUAUCAUAACAACAAGAGAUGGACAUUUACUAAAGCAAGUGGAUAAGACAUAUCCGGCUCAGAAAUUGAAUGAACGAGAAGCUUUGGAGCUUUUUAGUUGGCAUGCCUUUGGAAAUAAUUGGCCUAAUGCAGAAUAUCUUGAACUCUCAAAAAAAGUUGUUUCUUACUGUGGAGGUUUGCCACUAGCCCUUGAAGUUUUAGGUUCUUUUUUGUUUAAAAGAUCUAUUGCAGAGUGGAAAAGUCAAUUGAAGAAAUUGAAAAGAACUCCUAAAGGAGAAAUAAUAAAACCACUAAGAAUAAGCUUUGAAGGGCUAGAUAAUACAGAGAAGGCUUCAUUCCUUGACAUAUCUUGUUUCUUUAUAGGAGAGGACAAGGACUAUGUCGCCAAAAUAUUAGAUGGAUGUGGAUUUUAUGCAACAGUAGGAAUCAGUGUCCUUUGCGAACGAUGUCUUGUAACUGUUGAAGGCAACCGUUUGAAUAUGCAUGACUUGCUUCGAGAAAUGGCCAGAGUAAUCAUUUCUGAAAAAUCUCCUGAUCGCCCAGGAAAAUGGAGUAGGUUGUGGGAUAAUCGAGAGAUCAUCGAUGUAUUGACAAAUAAAUCUGGAACUGAAGAAGUUGAAGGACUUGCUCUACCUUGGGAUUAUGGCAAUACUUGUACAGAAGCAUUUGCCAAUAUGAAGAAACUGAGAUUGCUCCGGCUUGACUACGUUAAGCUUAAUGGAGAAUACAAACAUCUUCCCAAAGGGUUAAUAUGGUUGUUCUGGGUAGGGUGCCCUUUAAAGUCCAUACCAGAUGACUUUUUUAAUCAAGAUAAACUAGUUGUUUUAGAGAUGCAGUGGAGCAGACUGGUACAAGUUUGGGAGGGUUCCAAGUCGCUACAUAACUUGAAAACCCUUGAUCUCAGCUAUUCCAUUGACCUAAUUAAAUCACCGGACUUUUCACAAGUCCCAAAUCUUGAAGAGUUGAUAUUGGAAAGGUGUUUUAGUUUGUCCGAGAUUCACCCCUCCAUUGGUCAUCUUAAAAGACUUUCUUUGGUGAACCUUACAGGAUGUAGUGAGCUUAUUUCUCUUCCAAGGGAUUUCUAUAAAUUGAAAUCUGUUGAGACUCUUCUUCUUAAUGAAUGCUCAAAAUUCAUAGAACUGCAUGAGGAUAUAGGGGACAUGAUAUCACUAAGAACACUUGAAGCAGAGGAUACAACCAUAAGAGAAGUACCACCUUCCAUAGUAAGAUUGAAGAAUCUCACUCGUUUAUCCCUUUGCGACAUCAGUUUACAGCUCGAAGGAGAAUACAAAUGUCUGCGUUGGUAUGAAUGGCCUUUAAAGUCCAUACCAGAUGACUCUUUUAAUCAAGAUAAACUAGUUGUUUUAGUGAUGCAUCAUAGCAAACUGGUACAAGUUUGGGAGGGUUCCAAGUCGCUACAUAACUUGAAAACCCUUGAUCUCAGCUAUUCCAUUGACCUAAUUAAAUCACCGGACUUUUCACAAGUCCCAAAUCUUGAAGAGUUGAUAUUGGAAGGGUGUGCGGGUUUGUCCGAGAUUCACCACUCUAUUGGUCAUCUUAAGAGACUUUCUUUGGUGAACCUUACAAGUUGUUACAGGCUUAUUUCUCUUCCAAGGGAUUUCUAUAAAUUGAAAUCUGUUGAGACUCUUCUUCUUAAUGAAUGCUCAACAUUCAUAGAACUGCAUGAGGAUAUAGGGGACAUGAUAUCACUGAGAACACUUGAAGCAGAGUAUACAACCAUAAGAGAAGUACCACCUUCCAUAGUAAGAUUGAAGAAUCUCACUCGUUUAUCCCUAUCAGGCAGAGAAGAUUGGGAGGAGCUACUAUAUGAAGACUAUCUUUUCAGCUUACUUUGGAGUUUGAGUUUCUUUGGGGCUCUUGAAGCAGAUUCUACAGCCAUAAGACAAGUACCACCUUCCAUAGUAGGAUUGAAGAAUCUCACUUUUAUCUCUGAGUACUGUGCCUAGUCAUUUCCCAAAUUACUUGAUGAUGCAAUCCCUAAGGAUGUUGGAGGGAAUGAUGUUCAUAUCCUACCCAGCCUCAGCGGCCUUUCGAAGCUUGGAGGGAAUGGAUGCAUAUAUCUUCAUACAAUCCGUGAUUUACCAAGAAGUUUGAAAUUUCUGUAUGCCGUUGAUUGCCCUGCACUGGAAACAAUGCCCAAUUUUUCGGAAAUGUCAAAUAUGAGAGAACUGGAAGCAAGUGAUUCUCCCAAACUCACUUGAGGCUCCACGCUUGGAUAAGUUAUUAAACCCCAUGACAUGGACUGAUAUGAAAAGGUUUACCAAUCUCACAGCUGAUUUUGGCAAGAACAUCAUAUAGGUACCUCUCUCCCCCCUCCCUCUCUCUCCCUUAAGUUCUAAUUGCCUUCCUAUUGUGCGCAUGCAGAUUCCUAUGGUUUUUCCAAAACUUAGUUGUUUUGAAUUUUGAAGAUAUAAUGCAUUCAGAACGUUUCAA